AUGUUUGUACCUGUAGCCAGGCGCAUUGGAUGUAAACAGACUUUGUGUCGAACCACAGAACUCUACGCUGUCUCACAAGCUAAAAUUAUACUGAACCACGGUGGUGCUGGACCACAGAAUCUUGGAUCAUGGAGGUUCGGCCUGGAUAUAGUAAACAGCUUGGGUGCAUUUGUGCAGUCACUUUUCAUAUCACCACAAUCAAGUGUUGCUGCUCAGUUGGGAGGUGGCAGUCAGAGUGGGGCACAGGGUCAGCCUCCCGCAUUGUUGGCUGGCAUGCCGUGGGUCGAGUGUCUCCCACAGCCAGCAUUCUUCUAUAGGGGUGUUUACCUUCCCUGUGUAAACAUUCCCACAGGACAAGCAAAGUCUUCAUAUUUAGAGAUGCUGGACAAGCUUGAACCUCCAACAAUACCUGAUGGUUAUGGCGUGAGUGUUGCCUAUUACUGCCUUCUUGACAUCAGAUCCAUACACUUGGUCAUGAUGGGUCCACAAGCCUCCAGUGAUAUGAGCUGUACAACCCUAGUGAUGAAAACGCAUAAGGUCCACGAACAGUUGGUGAACUCUGCCUGUGGCCUACUAGCUGCUCUUACUAUCCUACUAGAAGCUUGUACUGAUGAAGCUGCAACAGAGAAUAUUCUUAAGGCUAUCCAGACAUUUGCUAGUUUAGCCGGCAAGCUUGAGCUGACAACACCACGAGAUGCCUUCAUCACUGCCCUGUGCAAAUCGUGCCUCCCACCACACUACACACUAACAGUACUCAAUAAUGCUAGCGUGGCUGCUGCAGCAUCAUCCUCCGUGUCCCGUGGUCAUCAGCGCUCGCCAAGUACCGAGUCGCAACAUCAAUAUUAUGACUCAGAGGUCCGUCAUCAAGUCGUAGCUGUGGGGACGGCACUGGCGACACCAUCACUGCCAGUUGGGGCACAGCAAGGACCAGUGAUGCUGACCAAUAAGAACCUGCAGUGUAUGCGGGCAACCCUGUCAAUGGCACACUGUCAUGGUGGUGUGUUAGGGGCAGCAUGGCACCUCCUCCUCACAACCCUCCAACACCUCGUGUGGAUACUGGGUCUCAAGCCUUCAACUGGUGGAAGCUUAAAGGCUGGGAGAAGCACUGCAGAGACCAAUGCUGUGAUCACAACAGCAGUCAUUGCGGAUCUGCCGGUUCUCUCAUCGAUGCUAAGUCGUCUGUUUGAGUCUUCUCAGCAUCUCAAUGAUGUGGCUCUCCAUCAUCUUAUUGAUGCUCUCUGUCAACUCUCCAGGGAAAGUAUGGAGCUGGCUUAUACCAAUAGGGAGCCAUCACUGUUUGCUGUUGCCAAACUUCUUGAGACAGGUGUUGUUAACUUGGGACGAGUGGAAGUGUUGUGGAGACCAGUGACCAAUCACCUGCUGGAUGUGUGUCAGCAUCCGCAUGUGCGUAUGAGAGAAUGGGGUGUAGAGGCUGUCACAUACCUGGUGAAAGCAGCUCUUACACACAAACACAACCCACCACUUAAAGAUAAUCAGGUGAGGUAAACUUUUAAGUUAAUUUAAUGUAUUUACUUUAACAUGAAGAUUGCCUAGAUAUAUCAAUAUAUCAUGGAAAGAGAGGAACAUCAUGGUAGAUUGAUGGCAUUAACAUGCAAAAAUUUGUUUAGAGAUAGUUGUUUUAGUUGCUUGCAGACGGUGAGAAUUGGAAUAUGAUGACAGAAGAGUUUGAGUAUUGAAUAAGAUGAUAGAGAAUUUUGUAAGUGUGAGAAAAAGAAAAGUGAUGAGGAUUCUGACAAUAUGGUGAAUGAAAACUGUUGGAAAAAUGGUAGGAAAAGAAAUGUGUUAGAGUAUACAGUAUGAGGGAUACAAGUGGGGGUUGAGUCAGCUGUGUUUUCAGAUAACAUUGCUUUAGUGGGGAAUUUAGAGGGAAACUUGUUUAUACAGUAUUCCCUUAAAGCUCACGGGAGUUAGGUAAAAUGAACCCCAGGAGAAAGUAAAAUCAGCAAGUUUUUCAUGCCGGCUCUUGGAGUAUGCAAAAUACAG